AUGUUUAAGGUUAUGCUGUUGAUUUAUUGGCAGGAUACUUAUAAGCUUGAUCGGAAAGAUAAUGGCAUACACCAUCUGAAAUAAAAAUAUAUAGGCUAACUUAAUUAUUUAUUUGACACUUAUGAUUUAAAUGACGAGGCUCCAAAUGAAAUUAUCAAAAUACUUAUUCUCAUUUGUAAGGUAUAUGGCCCUAUAUAUAUGUUGGAUAUGAAAGAUUAAAAUAAUAAUCAAAUUAUUUUGUGUUUGAUGAAGCAUGAGAUAAAUAUAAUUUAAAUGAGUGGUUAUGUUUAUUUGAUUUUUGGGAGGAGAAAAAGAUUUUUCUCUUUUCCAAGGUUUAUUAACAGAAUUGCUGCUUAUGAACCUGAUAUUAAGAGAAGAGGAUUAAGAAUUUCUAUGUAAGAGGAUUCGGGAUUAAAUAGAGAUCCAUUUUACUCAGAAAUAAUGGCUUUAAUACAAAAGAAAUAAAGAAUGCUAUAAAAAUUAGACAACAAUAUGAGAUAAUAUGAAGACAUUCAUAAAGAAAUGUUAUUAAAAUAGAAGAAGACAGAACACGAAAGAAUAUAUACCAACAGAAUCAGGAAGAUAUCAAAUUAUAGAUAUUUUUAAUAGUGGAGGCAUUCGAAUGUAAAAUAUAAGUAGCAUAAGAAUAUGUGGUUUGAUGGAUAGCACGUAAUAGAACUUCUGGUAACAUGGUUACCCAAGGAAUAGAAUGGAUUAAAACUCUUGAUAAGUUAAAUAAUUGGGUACUGGCACCAUCAAAGUUUGUUAAAAGGUACGCGGCUAAUAUGAAUUAGGAUAUGAAAUAUGUGUCGAAUAAGAUUAGAGAAAUGACAAAAAGUCUAAGGGAGUUUUUUAAGAAAAAGAAAGAGAGAGGAUGGUCGGAUGGGAUUUAAAUAGAACAGAACUGAUUUGAGUUAUUUAUUAAACAUUAAACAUUGCUGCUCAUUUA